GUCGAAACUUCUUCCUGACGGCCCACUUUGGGCUCAGCGUUCCGCCGGACUGCAGCAUCACCGUGGGUGGUGACGAGCGGCCCUGGAAGGAAGAUGACUGCAUCGUCCUCGACACCUCCUUCCUGCACUCCACCAAGAACGAGUCGGACGAGGACCGCUUUGUGCUGGUCGUGGACUUCUGGCAUCCUGACCUCACCGUCCCUGAGCGGGAG